GAAAGAGGGAAGGGAGGUGUGGAAGAGAAAGAAAGAAAGAAAGGAAGGGAAAGAGGAAAGAAGGAAAGGAGGAAGGGAAGGGAGAGAGGAAGGAAAAAAGAAAGAGAGAGGAAGCAAGGAAGGGAGCCUGGUUUUCCAUCUGUCUUGGGCGUGGGAUGCUCCAGGGGCGAAGGGCUGCUUAGACACCUUGUCCUCCUCCUCCUCCUCCAUCCAGAUGCCCCGGCUGCCCCCCUUGCUGCCCCCCUCACUCCCGAGGCCGGCGGGGCCCCUGGGGGGCUGACCUUUGCCCCCGGGCCCCUUCCCUCUGGCCACUGCCUCGGGCCGGGGGCCAUGCCUGACCAUGCGGCUGUGUGACCGAGGCCUGCAGAUGCUGGUGACCACCCUGGGCGCCUUUGCAGCCUUCAGCCUGAUGACCAUCGCAGUGGGCACCGACUACUGGCUCUACUCCCGGGGCGUCUGCCGGACCAAGUCCUCCAGCGACAAUGACACCAGCCGCAAGAACGAGGAGGUCAUGACCCACUCGGGGCUCUGGAGGACCUGCUGCCUGGAAGGAACGUUUCGGGGCAUCUGCAAGCAAAUCAAUCACUUCCCAGAAGAUGCUGAUUAUGAGCAGGAUGCAGCUGAAUACCUCCUGCGUGCAGUGAGAGCAUCUAGCAUCUUCCCCAUCUUAAGCGUUGGUCUCCUCUUCUUCGGAGGUCUCUGUGUAGCUGCCAGUGAGUUCUACAAGAGCAAACUCAAUGUCAUCCUCAGUGCCGGGAUCUUCUUUGUCUCCGCAGGCCUCAGCAACAUCAUUGGCAUCAUUGUUUACAUCUCAGCAAACGCCGGGGACCCCGGGCAGAGCGACUCCAAGAAGAGCUACUCCUACGGCUGGUCCUUCUACUUUGGGGCCCUGUCCUUCAUCAUCGCGGAGAUGGUGGGGGUGAUUGCGGUGCACAUGUACAUCGAGAGGCACCGCCAGAUGCGGGCCAAGUCCCACUCGGUGGCCCUGCUGAAGAAGUCGGCUUUUGCUCGGCUCCCCACCUACCGCUACCGCUUCAGGCGGAGGUCCAGCUCCCGCUCAACGGAGCCCCGCUCUCGGGACCUGUCCCCUUUGGGCAAGGGCUUUGGCGCCAUCCCUUCCACCGACAUCUCCAUGUUCACCCUCUCGCGGGACCCCUCCAAGGUGACCCUGGGGACGCUGCUCAACUCGGAGCGGGACCACGCCUUCCUCCAGAUCCACAACUCCCUGCCCAAGGAGUUCAAGGAUGCCUUGCACAACAGCCAAGCCAACAGACGGACCACGCCGGUCUGAAGGAGACGCGGGACCCCAGCCACGUCGCCAUUCAGACUGCAUGAUGCCGCUGACCACGCCCCCCACCCCGCCCCCUUCUGUGAUGGUGUUCCUCGUGCAACCUUCGGAUCCUUUCUCUUCCCCAAGAGAAAUCCUACAAGGCCUCCUCGAGGCUUUCCUUGGGGGUUUUGCUCCAUUUUGGGACCCAAAACAUCCUCUGACUCGGCUCUUUCGCGGUCCCUCUUGGUCUCUGGCCAGGAACACACACCAACGUUAGCCCAUCUAUGAACAUGGCACCCGUUUUGGGGUCUUCGGCGGCCCACUCUUCUCCAAAAUGCCCAAUCCACAUAAAUGCUGGAGAGCUUAUGAGAAGACUGGGCCACAAUCCCACUUCCGACAAUGGUGUCUGGCAUCUUGAGGGUUUUUUUGGGGGUGGGAGGGGGGGUCCUCACUGUUAUCGUGUGCAUGCAUUAAAUCCUCCAGAACCCAGUUUUGGGAACGGGACAGGGCCUUUUGACCCAUUUAGGAAGGGUUCCCUAUAUUCUCUGUCCAUCCCAUCCUCACCUCCAAGACUUGGGGCAGAAGACCCUGCUCCAAUGUGAUGGUCCUCAACCUGCCCCUUAUGGGUCGCCUUUUGACAUUCCAGGUGAGAUGAAGCCCAUGAAAAGAACCCUCCGGCCCCCAAACUGGACUUUCAGGGGAAGUCAUGACCCAAGCGUAAAGGAAAACCAGUAUACCCAAUAAAAACACAUUUGGAUCAGCA